AUGGCCCCCACCAAGAAGUCCAAGAAGGGUUCCGACAACCUCAACUCCAGGCUCGCCCUGGUGAUGAAGUCCGGUAAGGUCACCCUGGGUGCUAAGUCUACCAUGAAGACUCUGCGCUCCGGCAAGGCCAAGCUGGUCAUCAUCGCUGCCAACACCCCCCCCUCUCCGCAAAUCGAGCUCGGUACCGCCUGCGGUAAGCUCUUCCGUUGCGCCACCAUGGCCGUCCUCGACGCCGGUGACUCCGACAUCCUCACUGGCACCCAGUAA